CAAGCAAAGGGUUAUAGUCGACUUUAAUUUAAAUGCCGUAACGAAAAACUUUCUUUCCCUGUACGUGUGACUGUGAGAGAUUGGAAUCCAGAUCCAGAACAAAUUUGUGCUCUUUUUUUUUUUUUUUUGGGUCUAUUUGACGAUCGCAAACAAGUUUACAGAGAUAGAUGGUGUUGUCACAGAAGCUUCAUGAGGCCUUCAAGGGCACGGUGGAGAGAAUUACGGGUCCCCGUACAGUCUCCGCCUUCAAAGAGAAGGGUGUGCUUAGCGUCUCCGAAUUCAUUAUUGCUGGCGACAAUCUCGUAUCCAAAUGCCCCACCUGGUCAUGGGAAUCCGGUGAGCCAAGCAAGAGAAAACCUUACUUACCUCCGGAGAAGCAGUUCUUGAUCACUAGAAAUGUUCCUUGUCUGCGAAGAGCUGUGUCUGUAGAAGAAGAAUACGAAGCUGCUGGAGGUGAAUUCUUACUGGAUAAUGAGGAUAAUGACGGCUGGCUGGCUACUCAUGGAAAGCCAAAAGAAACUAAAUGUGAUGAGGAUGACAACUUGCCUUCAAUGGAAAGCCUUGAAAUCAGAGAAAAAAAUUCUAUUCGGUCAAUCCCUACAUACUUUGGGGGUGAAGAAGAAGAAGAUAUUCCUGAUAUGGCAGAGUAUGAAGAACCUGACAAUGUAAUCGAAACAGAUCCUGCUACACUUCAAUCUACAUAUCUUGUGGCUCAUGAACCAGAUGAUGACAAUAUUCUGCGGACUCGAACAUAUGAUGUCAGCAUCACGUAUGAUAAAUAUUAUCAAACUCCUCGUGUAUGGCUUACCGGAUAUGAUGAGUCAAGGAUGCUGUUGCAACCGGAGCUUGUGCUUGAAGAUGUUAGUCAAGACCAUGCACGCAAGACGGUGACUAUUGAAGAUCAUCCUCACUUACCCGGCAAGCAUGCAUCAGUACAUCCCUGCCGACAUGGGGCUGUGAUGAAAAAGAUUAUUGAUGUCUUAAUGUCACGUGGAGUUGAGCCAGAAGUUGACAAGUAUCUAUUUUUAUUCUUGAAAUUUGUGGCUUCCGUAAUCCCAACUAUUGAGUAUGACUACACAAUGGACUUUGAUCUUGGAAGCUCAAGCAACUGAUCCUAGCCUGUAAAUUGAAUUCCUAUUUGCUUAACUUCAUCAAGCAAAACGAAGCUAGGGAAGUAUCUUGUGGUGUAUUCUGAAGUGUUCUGCUGCUGCGCCUCAACCCCCUUCUUGUACAUAAUACCAAAAUGCAACUCAUCAGAAUAACUGUGAGAGUGGCGCUAUCCUCUAUUUCUUAUUGUAAUUAAUUAUUCAGUGUGUAUAUUAUGGAAGUUAAUUAUUCAGAUUGACACACUAUACUCAACUAACAAUGUUUCUGCUGAUUCUGCUCCACAAUGUUUGAUGGGUUAGCUUCUUUUU